AUGGCACUCCUGACCCACUUCCUGGCCUGCGUCUUCGGGGUGGGUUCUUGGCUGACCGUCUGUGGCGUCUGGGUAGAGCUCCCCCUGCUGGUGAAUCAGCUCCCCGAGGGCUGGGACCUCCCAUCCUACAUGAUCAUCAUCAUCCAGUUGGCCAACGUCGGGCCGCUCUUCAUCACCCUGAUGCACAAAUGGAAGCCCCGCCUGCUGAGCGAGGUGCCCGUCGUCUGCGUCGUGGUGUCGGUGGGAACGGUAGCCUGCUUCCUGCUGGCCUUCCUAUGGGACCGCACCGCGUUUUUGGCCGGAAGACAACGCAGCCUGGCCUUGUUUGUCCUCACCUUUGCCGUGUCCCUGGUGGACUGCACCUCUUCUGUAACUUUCCUGCCUUUCAUGAUGCGUCUCCACCCUCGAUACGUGCCCACUUUUUUCUUCGGCGAGGGCCUCAGCGGCCUGGCCCCGGCUCUCAUCGCUCUGGCCCAGGGCUCGGGAAUUUCGAGCUGCGUCAACGUCACGAUCCCAAAGAACCACACGGCGGCGGCGCCUCUCGGCAACGGAACCGUGGCAGAGGUCGGCGUUCACAUGGAAACUCAGUAUUCCCCUGCCAACUUCUCCAGCCUCGUCUUCUUCCUCAUCCUGUCCGCCAUGAUGUUUUGCUGCCUCGUGGCCUUCUUCUUCCUCAACCGGCUACCCAGGGUUUGGGAACUCUCCACGCAGAAUCUCUGCGCCAGCAACGUCACCCUCAACUCGGUCCGGGAAACCCCUGUGGACACGCAAGGACCCACGAAGUUCGUGGUUUUCACAAACUGCCCUGCAGAUGGACAAACGGCCAGCUCGGCCAAAGGAGCAGAUGAAGCAGAUCCGGAGAAGGUCACUUACUCCUGGGCCGAGUUUGCCUUCAUCUAUUUCCUCAUCACAUGGACCAAUGCCCUCACAAAUAGCAUCCUGCCCUCGGUGCAAAGUUACUCCUGUUUGCCUUAUGGCAGCAGCAGCUUACCACCCUAG